AUGACCGUAUCAUGUGGGGCACAGCCACACACUCAUACGCAUCAUGACUCAACAGAUGGCGAAGCAUAUAGACAAAGAAAGGUUGGAGCUGUGAAGAAAGCCAGUGGUAUUCAAGACACUUUGACCAUAAAUGAGGCUUUGGAGGAUAAUGGAAAUGCUGCGAAGAAGGUGUGCGAGAACUUUGGAUGUGUUGUGAGAGAACACAAAAGCGCUUGUCCCAACUAUGAGCUCCGCAGCCAAGCAUCAAUAGAGGCGCAUGAAGAGAAGAUGCAGGCGAUCCAGAAAAAGCUGACAGGAUUCUUCGACAAGGCAACAACUGCUGAGCUUGGGAAGGAUCUUCUAAAAGAAGCUCAGGCAUUCAACCAGAAGAGAAACCAGCACAAUAAAUUCGACUUGUAA